CCACCCUGCUGCCACAGACAGGCAGCGGCCGCCGGAGCGUCGCUGUGCUGCGGAGGACGCCGUUCACUGAGCGGAAGAUGGCGACUGUUUGGCGGCUGCAGAGAACCCUCCGGAGCUGAUACCGGGGAAGAGGAGAGGAAAGACCCACACACAUAGAGCCUACUGCACACCACGUCUAAAACAACGACAAUAAUGUCCCGAUCCCCCGACCAUGACGAUGGAUGCUUUGUUGCCAUGGAUACGGAGGACGAUGGUGCAGAGCCUGCCGGAAUAACAGAAGAAGUGGAGGCAAAAAUGGGGUCCUGCCGACAAGAGGGGAACAUGGACAGCGGUGCCAAAGGAGCGGGGAGAACAAUGGUGGAGUUGCCAGAGGAAGUUCUCGAAUACAUUCUGUCCUUUCUCUCACCUUACCAGGAGCACAAGACUGCUGCGCUCGUAUGUAAGCAGUGGUAUCGCCUCAUUAAAGGUGUUGCUUAUCAGUGCUACCACGGUUUCUUGAGAGCUGUCCAGGAGGGAAAUAUCCAGUGGGAAAGCCGAACAUACCCAUAUCCAGGAACACCUAUCACUCAGCGCUUUUCACACAGUGCAUGUUAUUAUGACUCAAACCAGUCCAUGUAUGUGUUUGGGGGUUGCACUCAGAGUAGCUGCAAUGCUGCCUUCAAUGAUCUAUGGAGACUUGACCUCAACAGCAAGGAGUGGAUCCGCCCUUUAGCCUCAGGCUCUUAUCCAUCGCCUAAAGCUGGAGCAACUCUAGUGAUGCACAAAGAUCUGUUAGUGCUGUUUGGGGGAUGGACUCGCCCCAGCCCUUAUCCACUGCACCAACCAGAAAGGUUUUUUGAUGAAAUCCACACCUACUCUCCUUCAAAGAACUGGUGGAACUGUAUAGUAACAACACAUGGACCUCCACCUAUGGCUGGCCACUCGUCGUCUGUAAUUGGAAACACCAUGGUGGUGUUUGGGGGAUCAUUAGGAGCACGUCAAAUGAGUAAUGAGGUCUGGGUUCUGGAUCUGGAGCAAUGGUCCUGGUCCAAACCACCCAUAUCUGGACCAUCCCCACAUCCGCGAGGAGGCCAGUCACAAAUUGUGAUUGACGAUCAGACAUUGCUCAUCUUGGGAGGCUGUGGAGGCCCUAAUGCACUCCUCAAGGAUGCCUGGCUGCUUCACAUGGAUGCGCCACCAUGGAGGUGGCAGCAGCUGCAGGUGGAAAAUGAGGACCAUGGAGCUCCAGAGCUUUGGUGUCACCCAGCUUGUAGAGUGGGCCAGUGUGUGGUGGUUUUCUCACAGGCUCCGUCUGGCCGUGCACCGCUCAGCCCGAGUCUUAACUCUCGUCCCUCCCCAAUAAGUGCCACACCUGCCCCUCUGGGCCCUGAACCGCCUUCCCUGCGCUCUCAGUCUCCUGUUCGGAGCGGGGCCGCCGGUGUUGUCCUGGGAGCUGUUGAAGAGGCUCCGUGUGUAAACGGUCGAUGGGGCACAUUGAGACCCCGACCUUCAGCGAGAGGAAGUGCCAGAGAUGGGAGCCCAUCCUCAUCCCAACAGCCCUCUCCUUCACAAGGCCCUGACAGCCCUCCUCUUCCUCCACUGCCCCCGUUAUUAAAUGGAUCCUCCCCCUCACCCCGGACCAGCCCAGCUCAGGCUGCGUCUCCACCCUCUCGCCCUCACCCGCCCGCCUCCACAGACUAUGGCUGGGAGUCUCCCUCUACGGCCGCUCACCACCCUGAGGUGCCCAGCACUAAUGGCCUGCAUACACCUCCUGCAGGUUCCCCGUGCACUCCCCCAGGAGGAGUGUCCCCCGCUGCCUUACGACGAGGUCUGGAGGCAGUGAAAAACAAAUCUUCCUCAUCUUUACCGUCUUCAUCAUCAUCGUCUUCCCUUCAGACACAGGGAGCUUCUCCUGGAGGAGGAAGUGGUGGAGGAGGAGUAGGUCCUCCUGGUACCCCUCCGUCAUCGUCCUCCAGCCCUCCGCAGGCUGUUGGAGCUGACGGACACGCUAUCCCUCCUAUUGCACGGCGUCUCGGCCAUCACCCCCCUCAGAGCCUGAACGUAGGGAAACCUCUGUACCAGUCGCUCAACUGCAAGCCCAUGCAGAUGUACGUGUUGGAUGUGUCACGGGCCAAAUCCGCUGGCGUGGUGUCCUGGAGAGUUUACGGGAACGGGACUCCCGCUGCAGUCACGGGGCCACCGGAGACCAGCCUUCACACCGUGGUACAGGGCAGGGGAGAGCUCAUCAUUUUUGGGGGCCUCAUGGACAAAAAACAGAAUGUGAAGUACUACCCUAAAACCAACGCCUUGUACUUUGUUCGCGCGAAAAGGUAAUGCAGCUCUAGGCGGGAUAGGGAAGACAGACGUUCCACCCUGUGACCACACAAGGGAAUCGACACACAAGGCCUUUUUCCUAUAGGAAGGAUUAUUGGGAAAGAACAUAAUCAUUGUUUGAUGUUCCACUUCAGAACUUCACUAUUCUCCCUUCUGCAAGAAUUCAAAAUAAAACACUAACUACACUUUGAUAAAAGCAUUUGGUCGAAUGAGAGUCUUGACUGUGUGUGUGUGUGUGUGUGGAUUUUUUUUGUUUUUUUUUUUACUUCAGUGAUUCAAGAUAACAGGACAUUGUUUUGUUGUUCCCAAAAAGUUGAUCAACCAGAAAGUAACAUUUCAGUUUUUCUUUGUCAUCCUCUUCUGAACUCUUGACAACGGAUGCUGUCCACAGAAAUGGUUGAUGCUUCACUUGCUUUUGGUAUCACUCUUUAAGCCUGCAGUGAAAACAGUGUGAGUGUGUGUGUGUAUGUGUGUGCACGGUGGUGGUUAAAAGUUGUUGACUAAUGUGUGUCGGGGGCCACGGUGGGUGAGAGAUGUGGCACUGUACUAUAAACAUAGUUAAACAAUAAAGGCCUCCAUGUCUCCUCUG